AUGGAGUCCCUGGGCCGGAGGCCCUCCUCGCCGGCGGUCUCGGCGCUGCAGCUGCUGCCCUGGGGGCGCCUCUCGAAGAGCAGCAUCUGCUACCUCUCCUUCCCGGACUCUUACUCAGGCAGCCUAGGAGACACUCAGUUCAGCUUCCGCUUCCGACAGUCGGGGGGACAGAGGCGCGCUUUGUUUGGGGAUGACUUUGAAUACAACAAGGAAGCCCCGGUAGCAUUACAGCGAGAGCCUGCUCAUUUUUUCGGCUACGUGUACUUCCGGCAAGUUAAGGACAGCUCGGUGAAAAGGGGCUACUUCCAGAAGUCCUUAGUCUUGGUGUCUCGCCUCCCCUACGUGAAUCUCUUCCAGUGUCUCCUGCAGCUCAUUGCCCCCGAAUACUUUGACAAGCUGGACCCGUGCCUGGAGGCAGUCUGCAGUGAGAUGGACCAGUGGCCCCCUCCUGUGCCCGGCCAGACGCUGAAUCUUCCAGUGAUGGGUGUUGUCCUUCAGGCUAGGAUCCCUUCCCGGGUGGACAAGCCAGGCUGCAGCCCCGUCAAGCCAGUGAAUCAGGAGAACCUCUUGCCAGCUCCGCUUGUGCUCCCCAGCGUCUACGAACUAGACCUCUUCAGAUGCUUCCAGCCGGUGCUGAUCCACAUCCAGAUGCUGUGGGAGCUGGUGCUGCUGGGGGAGCCCCUCGUCGUGGUGGCUCCUUCACCUGCGGUCUCCUCGGAGAUGGUUCUUGCCCUGACCAGCUGCCUGGCUCCCCUGAAGUACUGCUGCGACUACCGCCCCUACUUCACCAUUCACGACAGUGAGUUCAAGGAGUAUACCACGCGGACCCAGGCCCCGCCCAACGUCAUCCUUGGUGUCACAAAUCCCUUCUUCAUCAAGAUGCUCCAGCAUUGGCCCCACGUUCUCCGUCUCGGGGAGCUCAAGAUGGCCGGGGACUUGCCCAAACAGGUGAAGCUGAAGAAAGUCACCAGACUUCGAACACUGGAUGCCAAGCCAGGCCUUUACACGUCGUACAGAGGGUUCUUGAGCAAGGACAAGGCUCUGAUCAAGAGGCUUCUAAAGGGCAUCCACAAGAAGCGCUCCUCCGAGGCCCAGAGUGCCCUCCUGAGGCGCCACCUCCUGGAGCUCACGCAGAGUUUCAUCAUCCCCCUGGAGCACUACAUGGCCAGCCUCAUGCCUCUCCAGAGGGCAAUCACCCCGUGGAAGAACCCUCCCCAGAUCCGCCCUUUCCACCAAGAGGACUUUCUCAAGACCCUGGAACACGCUGGGCCUCAACUCACCUGCGUGCUGAAGGGGGACUGGAUGGGCCUCUACAGGCGGUUCUUCCGGUCCCCCAACUUUGAUGGCUGGUAUCGCCAGAGGCGUAGGGAGAUGAUGCACAAACUGGAGGCACUGCAUUUGGAGGCCAUCUGUGAGGCGAACGUCAAGGCCUGGAUGAAGGAGAAAUCCGAGGUGGAAAUCGUGGACUUGGUGUUGAAGCUCCGUGAGAAGCUGGCGAGGGCCAAGGGCCACCACCUGCCGGUGAAGGACGAGACGCUGCUGCGUGUGGGCCAGGACAUCACCACCAUGAUUGGCUCGCUGCCCGAGGAUCUCCAGGCAGUCCUGUGUCACCAUUACAGCAAAGGAAGACUCUGACCUCAAGUGGAAGAUUGUGCUGGAACGAUUUGCAUUGCCCCUUGCCCUCAAGAGUCUGGAGACAUUUCCAAAGAGGUGGUGACACUGAAACGGC